AUGGUGGACCCCUUAGUCUUACAACUGGCUGUCAACUCUCCACCUGUCCCCCACCGAGAAGUAUCAGGGGUAACCGCUGGCGUCUAUCGACCCCAGAAUGAAGAGUAUACUCAAGUGCAGCGCCGCAUAGACCGACAAGUCCCGCCCGAAGUCGAUCCAGAUCGUAAGAAAGAAAAAAAGUGGUCAAUUGGAAAACUUUUCAGAAGAAAGAAGAAAGAUGAAGACAGCGAGUCCACUUCUGAAACUGACGAAGGUGUCAGUACGAAAUCACCGUCCAAAAAGAAAUCCAAGAAAAAGAAGAAAGCUCCUGUAGUUAAUAAUUUCGAUCACAUAGUCAUUAGAGACACCAGGCGAGCUCAAAGCUUAGCGAAACCAAACAUUCAUGACAUUACAGAUGAUGGUGUAUUGUCAGACCCUUCGGCAGGUUUUGUCAACUAUCGAGCAAGAAAUCAACAUCUUUAUGGUGCUUCGAAAGAAUCUUUGAAUUCAAGAGGCGAUAAUUCCAGUAAAUCGAUGAAAAACUCACUUGAUUCUAAUUCUAGGAAAACCAGGAAAGGUCGAUUAAAAGCUCGUGUGGAAGCACUCAGGAACAGUAUGAGAGGUGAUUCCAGUAGCGAUGAAGAAUCACUAAAGUCGUCGAAUUCAUCUUCAAUGGCUCGAUUUAGAAGUGAGGACUCAUUGAUGCGUUCUCGAGACAGUUCUUUAAAUAAAAGAUCAAGGAGUGCAAGAAAUGAAAGAUAUGUUAAACGAUUAUCUCGCGAUGAAGAAAACCAGCUUAAUAAAGAAGCAGAACUAAUACAACAAGGUUACACAAAAGCCGAAGUAGAAAUGUUAACAAGAACGCCAACGAGUCAAAGUAGUGGUUAUGGAACGUGCAAACGAGAUCAAGUUAAUAAAGUUAAACAGGAUCAGCUAUAUUUAAAUGAUGUUAUACGCCGUCCUAUGAAAUCGGAAUCAAUUUCAUCUUUUCCAUCAACUCAAAGUUAUCCUUCAUCCAUUAAUUUUAAUGCUAAAGUAAAUAACGAUCACAUUAACUAUUCUAUUCAAUAUCAAACCAGUAACCCCAACAAAGAACCGCUUUACGCGAACAGUAGAGAAAAAAGCAUUAGUAAUCAAUACGAAAAACCAGAUAAUGUCAUGUGCGUGAAAUUUCCUUUGGGGAAUGUCACAAAUAUAAAAAGAGAAGAGAGAGCUCCACCAGUGCCACCUCCAAGAGAUAUGCAUAGAAAGGUAGCGACACCUUUAUCAAUGUACUAUGAAAAUAGUCCCAUAAUUAAUGAUAGAACGAGCAGUACUCAAAAUGUAGUUCAUGGCGUACCUAACAACGAUUUUGAAAGAAUUAUGCGACGAAGUCAAGAACGAAUAAUAGGUCAAAGUUUUAAUGGUUUAAGACGACCUAUAUCGAAUUCAGAAGAUCAUAUUGCUAUGCAAAAUAAUGAAUACUUUCAAACUCAACAAUAUAAAUUUGAACAACCCCGAAGACCUGCUUCAGUAUCAGCUGAACCUAAUCAUUAUGGACUCUAUGCUAAUACACCACCAUGGAGGAAAAAGAUGGACCAAAAUCAUAUUAUUAAACCAGAGCCUGUACAGGCCCGACAGGACUUUUUAUAUUAUGCUGACCAAAGCCCUCGUUCUAGAAGGCCCAUUAGUAUAAAGACUAGUCAAAAUAACUAUGAAAAUCAAUAUUUAAGUGACUCUCAAGCUUCGCUUAGUAUGAACGACAAUGUUUAUAGAAGACCUCGUAAUGCAUCAGAGUUUUGGCGAAAAAUCGAUGAUGCUGAAAGACAACGAAGGCAGCAAAAUGUGUAUGCCAAUUCUAGAAGUAACAGUGACUACACAAGUAAUACUCAAUUACAUCGAAGUCCUUAUGUAGAAACAAGUAAGGGUAUAGGGCGAAGCAAUAAUCCAGACGAACAAAAUAAAAAUAGACUUGACUUUAAAUCACAAUCUUUGGAUACAACAGAUGAUGCCAAAAUUUGGAAAGCUACAACAGAAUACAAACGUUCGAUUACCGUACAACCCCCCAAAACAGUCACAUCCCCAAUAACCAAAACGCACGUUCGACACAAGUCCGAUACAUUUGUGCAAAAUACAUAUCAGAUGCCUUCAGAUGACGAAAAAAGCUCAGAACGUCGAAAAUCGACCAAUCUCGAUGACGCUCUUAAUGAACUGGAAGCAAUUUAUAAUAGUUUAGGUUUGGGUGAUGAAGACUUACUAGAUCGAGCUGAACGACGAGAAUUAAUGACGCCGAAAUUUAACGACCAAUUUAAUGACUGGAAUGGUAAUGACGAUGACGUUCAGUUGAGAAGUCAACCGACUACACCCAUGAGACGUGUACAACGAAGAUCAACUUUACCCGAUAAACUUCAAGAUGACAUGGCAUUCCGUAGAAUGAAUUCACUAACAAAAGAAAAGCCAAAUUAUAAAGAAACGCAAUCCCAAAUAAGUUAUAUGUUAGCUUCCCCUGUUUACGUACCGUAUGCUUCUGAUGACGAUAAAAAUUCGGAUAAAAAUGAACCAGACAUUGUACAUGAUGAUGUGGUUUAUAGAAAUAUUAAACAAACUAAUAAUAGACUGAAAACAAUGGAUCCUCAGCCACCAUUUGGUAUUCCUGUAGGACCGGUGUCCCCAGCUCCUCAAAGUGAUUAUUUACAUGCAACGCCUGAAAAUAAGGGCAGAUCACGAUUUAUUCCGAGAAGAUCGCCUGAUCUCGUUUCUGAUGACUUGGCUUAUAGAAGUUUACGGAAAGAUAACCGACAUUCAUCUCUAUUUAAUGGAGAAGAUUAUAACGGACAUCUAAACAAUAAUCACAGUUAUGUUGAAUUUCCAUUUACAAAAGAUUCAGCAGCUAAUUUGAAAAAGAAAAGGGCAGUUAGAUCACUUUCUGCAAAUAUUUUCACUAUGAUACAAAAAGAGAUUGAUGAUGCCCUCAAUAUGAGUAAAGUAGCGACUUUACAAAAAACAAAUAGCAACAGCGAUGUUAUGAGACGACUUCGUGAAACUUUUGAGAGUAAUGAUAAGGACCAAGAUCAUUAUCCUCGCAAUAAGGUAAAACAAAGACAUAAUACUGUUAGUCUCUUUGUCAAUAACUCACAUCCUGGUGCACCUCAUUUUGCUAAAGAUGAUUCAUUCAUUCACAAUGAUGAUAAGUAUCUCGCUAAGCCUCCAUCCUGUGAUAAGUCCAAAAGCUCAUCACCAUCUAAUAGGUCUCCACAAUCAUCAAAACGUUCUUCAAAAGAUGAAUUUCAGCACGUGCUUAGCAUGUUGGCUCAAGAAGCUAUGGAUACAAGCAACAAGUUAGGCGUAGCAUUAGCUGAAUUAGACAAGAAUAGAAACAACUCUGAAAAGAAAUCCGACAUUCAAAGCCGUAUUACUGACAGCAGAUUAUUAUUUUUAAAUGGUUUAACAAACAAAUCCGAAAGUUCAUAUCCUGAAGUAAAAAUAGUUAAUGUACAUUCAGAGAUAUUGGGUGAGCGAAAACCUGAGUGUAAAGAAGUAAAACCAAAUUCAGACAGUGAAUCAAAAGCAAAAAAGACGGAAGACAGUCUUUUAGCAAUUUCAGAUCAAUUGCACAAAGUAGAAGAUCAACUUAAACACAGUUUCGAAAAGGAAAUAAAUUUUGAAGACGAAAGUACGAAACUGUCAAAUUAUGUAAAUAAAAAUACCGAGGAAAGUUUAAAAGCCGAAGAAAAACAUGUGGAUUUGUCAGAUAAUAAACUAAUACCAGAUGUUGUACCAUUAAAUGUGCAAAAUGAUUCAAGAAGUAUAGAAAAUAUUCACAUUGUUGAAAAUCAUUCCGACAGUAAAUUAGAUAAACCCUUGUUUAACCCCCUUAACCCUUUUAUCAAUUGUGACGACAAAAUAAAAGAAAUCAAUGAAAUUAAUGCUUUUAAAGAAUUAAAAGACGGAAUAUCUGACUUAUUAGCAGGCAUAACACAGGUAAAUGAGAAAAUCUUUAUACCCAAAGAGCAACCUGAAAGAGAAUUCAAACCUACCGAAGAAAAAGUAGCUAGUAUCACAGAGGCAGCAGAAAAGCUUAAUCAGGUUACCCAAAAUCCACCCAAACAAGACAAAUCUAACAGAGCUUCCGUAAAUCUAUCUAUUUACGAAAAUGAUUUAGAAAUAAGGAAAGAAGCUGCUGAUUCAAUUGAAUAUAACUCUUCAGAGGAACUAGCAACAAUAUUUAAAUUAGAUAGAAAUAAUAAGUCAUCGAAUCAAGCUUCUAAUGAAAUUCAAGAGUCGGAUAAAGUGAUACGCGAUGAUCUUAGCUCACCAAAACUGGUUCAAACUAUGAACCAGCAGCUAAGAAGGCUGUCAGUUGAUCAAACGAGUACUCCUAGUCAAAGUGACUCACAGCCUACUAACAUAGUGCCAUGGAGAACUAAAAGGCAAAGUCAUAACUCGCAAAAAGACAAAAGAGGGGAUAAUUCGCAGUCGAAGCGUCGUUGGGACGACUCCGGCACGUUGAUGCUAGCUUGCUCCUACACAAUGAUGUUCUCCCAGCACUUAGCCGACCUGGACUGGCUGACACUGCUCGGCUUACUAUUAGCCAUAAUCACUAUAAUCGCUAUGCUAUUAAUCUAAUUGUCGUAGAAACCUUAUACACUAUAUUAAGUUAAUUUCACUUUUUUAUUUUUAAUAUCAUUUAGAAAGUACUUAAAAGGCAAUGAGAGACAUUUUUUACUUAUGCAAAACUUACUUUGAGUAAUUCAUAUAUUAUUAUAAACUUGUUUAUUCUAAAUAUCGUAAAUACUUUUUACAGACAUAAUCAAAGCUUUCCCUAAGCCUAAGAGUAAAUAAUUACUUUUUUCUAUGUAACGUCUAUAAAAGAAUUUAAAAAACGCUCAGUAUUUGUAUAAAAAAAUAUUCCUCGUCAAAUAUGAAAGUAUUUCCUUUUAUAACUGAGAUCAGAGCCAAAAAACAUAAUAUUAUUUAAAAUUUUAAAAGGAUAGAGCAAAAGAAAUCGGUCCUCUAAAUAUGUUUGUCCACUUUUCUCACGCAAAUCUGUUUAUUAUGUGAAUCUGAAACCAAACAUUGCUAUUUUUGUUUAAAAUAUAAUAUAAAGAUUUAACUUUUGAAAUAAUCAAUAAUAAGAAAUUUCACGUACGUAUAGAUACAAUCUUAAUAAAAUGAAAUUGAAUUUAAAAUAAUAAAAUGCUCAAACUUAACUAUCA